UUGUUCCAUUCGAAUGAACACACCAGUGAAUUCGGUGGUGCUUAAGAAAUUCAGUUUAGUUCAAAACAAAUCAUAUACAACCAUGAAGUUCUUCGUUGCCACCGCUUGUGUCCUGCUUUUGGCGUCCGGCAUCUCGGCCGAUCCUGUUAAGGCGGCAGCCGCCACCGAUGAACAGCCCGGCGCAUUUGCAAAGUGCCUGGAAGCUGAUUCCAUCUCGUGUCUGCAGCUCACGCUCUACCGCAAGGCCAAGUCCAUCUUCGAAAGUCCCCAAAUCGAACUCUUCGGCGGCGUCUCUCUGGUCAAGGCCAACGAUGGACGCCAGGGCAAAUCGUUGGACAACUCUCUUGCCGUUGAGGCCGCACCCACUGUAGAGGCACGCACCGCCGAAAUGGGCAACUACUUCAUGGACAAUGCCAAGAGCUUCUUGGCGGAGCGCUCUCUGAACUUCAACUUCGCCAAUGCCGCCCGCAGCGUUGCCCGCGCCAUUCCCGAUGACAUCAAGGCCGAUCUCCGUGAGCUGGUUGUUGAGUCGCGUACCCGCAAGAAGAAGCUCCUGAAGAAGUUCCUGCCCAUCCUCCUGGGUGUUGGUGCUAAGGUUGCCGUGCUCGCCGUUGGCGCCAUCUUUGGUCUGCUCUUCAUGGCCAAGAAGGCUCUGAUUGUGUCCGUUAUCGCCUUCUUCCUCGCUCUGGCUGCUGGCGCCUCCAGCGGUCUAGGUCGCCUGGGCGGCUCUGGCGGCAGCGGCGGUGGUCUGCUCGGCGGUCUGGGUGGUCUCUUCGGUGGCAAGAACGCCGGCUCUGCCGCUGUCAGCUCCGGUGGCUGGUCCUCGGGCGGUGGUGCUGCCAGCGGUGGCUGGUCCUCGGGCAACUCCGGCUGGGACUCGCACGGUGCCUACAGCGCACCCGUUGCCCAGACCAUUGCCUACCAGGGCUACAAGCAGGCCAGGCGGUAAAUAAACGAUGGUCACCAGAUGGAAAAUUCGCUAACGAAACUACACAAAACACAAAACGAUGACCAUUAAUGUUUAUAUUUAUAUUUAUUUAUAAAUUAUUUAUUUUAAUUUAUUUACCUAAAAAAUCAACGUGAACGAGAGCGGGGCCCGCGUGGUCCUCAACCAAUUAAGUGCCUUCCAAUUGUAGUCUCUCAGAGCCGAGAGACGUCGAACAUCCACAACAAUCAAUUCCACACACAUAACAACAACUACAAAACAACAACAACAACACCAUUCAACUUCACUUUUCAUCUUUACACGCAGUCAACAACGAUAAACCAACAACGAAAGCCAACACCCAACUUCUACACUUCUACACAGCCCAACCUAAUUUCACUCUGCACUCAAGACACUAUUUCAUACUAUCUUAACUGUAUUUCCACGGCUGCGCUUUGAUUUAUGUGCACAAAAUGCUUUGAACUAGUCGCGCCCAUAAAUCAAAAUCAAAGUCGCCUAAGCUAACUGUCACUGUUUGCUAUCUAUCAUCAACUUAUCUCUCUCUAUCUAUCUAUCUAUCUAUCUCUCUAUCUAUCCAUCUAUCUCUCUAUCAAUCUGUAUCUAUCUGUCUAUCUCUCUCUAUCUAUCUGUAUCUGUAUCUCAUACUCAAUCUGUGUUUUCCUGCUCUUACCGAAACGGAAAAUUUUAACAAAUGCUGCUACAUCAAAGAAUCAAAUAAUAAUUCCGAAAAAUAUCAACAAACUGGAAACAAUCUUUCAUUUCACAAUGCCCCGACUUUUCGCCCAUUCUAUUUAAAUUGCAGGCAUCACUCAUACGCAGCAUUGUCUGCGCACAAUUUGCAUUUUCUUGGCCCUCCACUUUCAUUUCAUUUCAUUUCAUUUCGUUCCAUUUGAUGCCAUUUCGUUCUUUGUUAUCAGUCCCAAAAACCAACAAAGAUGCUUUCUACAAAUUUCACCCACUCAAACAUAUAUAUAGAGAUAUGUAUAUGUAUAUAUUUGUAGAUCUUCAUUUCCAUUGCACUUUCCUCGGCCAUCUCGCCGUCUCUACCUCUAGCUAGCUCUGUCUAACUCGUUGCCAGAAUACAACAAAGCAAUUUGCUAAAAAAUAAAACAAACAUUUUGGGGACUCAUUCAAUAGGCGCUUGCUGAACGGGGGCAGCCACAAUGCAACAACAAUAAUGGCCAUAACAAUAGACGCACAUUUUGCACCUGUCGGUCUUUUAUAUUCUCGCCUGGGCAUUGUUGUUCGCUGCUAAACAACAAUUUGAAGAAAGUUCCCAAAAUACAAAGAGAGAAAAAAAAA